UAAUUCACAAUUUGGAUCAGCUUUUUUAAAUGGUGAGAUGCAUCUACCUGCUGAUGAGCCUUUACCAGGAACAAAUGAAAACCUUCCCUAUACUGUGGUUGCAGAUGAGGCAUUUCCUCUUAAAACCUGGAUGAUGCGACCUUAUCCAGGAAGGGUACUGGAUUGCCUUCAAAAGAGAGUUUUCAACUACAGAUUGUCAAGAGCUCAGCGAACAAUAGAAAACACCUUUGGUAUAAUGGUAUCCAAGUGGCGAAUACUUAAAACAACCAUUAUAGCAGAACCAGAAAAUGUGUCCAAAAUUGUCAAGGCUACUUGCAUUUUGCACAAUUUCCUCCAAACACGCCAUGUUUCCUACAGUCCAGCUGGUUUCACAGAUACUGUGGAUCCAUCAGGAAAUGUUCAUGAAGGGUCUUGGAGGCAAGAAACAACCCGUGUGCUUGAACCACUAGCUGGCAACAAAGAAACUACAGUAGUGAAGCAUCCAAAAUCAGAGAAAAGUUUGCAAUGUAUUUUAAUUCAGAAGUUGGUCAACUUUCAUGGCAGCAGGAAUAUGUGGAAAGAACUCAUUGAUAUAAUUUUAUUUUACUUUUUUGUUGUUAUACAGAGUAAAGCACAAUUAUUUUUCAUUACAUUCAAUGUCAAAAAGAACAUCCUGGAUUCUUUUUUUAGCCAGUGCUUUAAGGUAAUCAGAAGGAAGCUUUCUGAUUUGUAAUGCUGUGCUUCUGCCAAAAUGUUGAUACUCAUCCAUUGAUGACUCAGUGGGGGGAGAUGCUGAUUGUUGAGUAAUUUUUUACAAACUGCUCAGCAACCGCAACUGGUAUUUGUUAGGACCAUCAUCUAGAACUCUCUUUCUCUUUUUGUUUGAUCGUGGAGGUGGUGCCGAUGGUGUUGCUGCUCUAGAUGAUGAAGCUGAGUUUGAUGAAAUAGGUGAUGGUGAUGAUUUGGAUUGGAAUGAGAUUGAGUGCGAAGUUGGAUCGACUGCUUCAGAAAACUGACUGCAAUCCAGAUUAUCUACUGUGAGUGUCAAUGCACCAAUGCUUUUAUCUGUAACUUCAUUGACUGAUGCAUCUUCAAUCACAGUGACAGACAUGUUAGUUGAUGUUCUAUAUAAA